AUGGUCAAGCCGCACUUGCGCCACUACCAGGUGGUCGGCCGCGAGUCGCCCUCGGAGAAGAACCCUGAGCCGACUGUGUACAAGUUUGAGGUGUUCGCCCCAAACUUCGUCGUCGCCAAGAGCCGUUUCUGGCGCAUGAUGAGGGUCAAGAACAAGGUCAAGGCCACUCACGGUGACGUGCUCUCCUGCAAGGUCGUGAAGGAUGCGAAGCUGGUGGCGCGCAACUACCUGGUCGACAUCGCGUACUACAGCCAGCGCUGCGGCUACACGCGCAUGGUCAAGGAGUUCCGCGACGUCUCCAAGACUGGCGCCGUGAGCCAGGCGUACCACGAUCUGGCCUCCCGCCACCGUGCCCGCUACCACAACAUCGAGGUGCUGAACGUGAAGAGCAUCCCGGACCACGAGGUGAAGCACCUGAGCAUUGCCCAAUACCACGCCCCGAACCUGUCCUUCCCGCUCCUGCAGCGCCGCACCAAGGCGACCCGCAAGGACCGUGCCAUCUUCGUCAAGAAGAACACGAAGCGCGCGGUGGUGGCGUAA